GACCAGUCUCACCGUGUGCUCUCUUUUCUAUGUAGGAUGACGUAAUACAAGCUAAUAGAAAUGUUUUUUUAAUAAAUACAUAUAUAUAUAUAUUUUUGGAAUCUCGCCAAUAAAUACCCAUGAUAUUUUCAUCCUCAAAGUCGUGACGAAGUUUUGAAGCAAGCAGGAAUAGGAGGAGAAUCAUCUUCUGCUGUGAAGAUGGUGUUUGUUAAAGAGGAGAGUGAGGAGAACAUGAGAGAACCAGAAACAUGGAGAAUAAAACAAGAGGAACCAGAAAUAUUGAGAAUAAAACACGAGGAACCAGAAAGAUGGAGAAUAAAACACGAGGAACAAGGAGGGCUGAUGAAAGUGAAGGAAGAAAGACAAGAUCUAGAUGAAGUGGAGGAGGAACAUCACGAUGUGGAUGAAGAAAAGUCAGAGAGUUGCCGCGUUCAAAUAACAGACGUCAAAAGGCCUUUCAGCUGCUCUCAGUGUGGAUACCGUUACGGACAGAGAAGAAGCCUUAUUAAACACAUGAGAAUUCAUACGGGGGAAAAACCUUUCAGCUGCUCUCAAUGCGGAAACACUUUCACGUGUAAGAAAAACCUGAAGAAUCACAUGUUAAUUCACGCCGGGAUAAAGCCUUUUACCUGCUCUCAGUGUGGGAAGAGUUUUACCAGGAAAAGUCAACUUAAGGAUCACAUGCAUAUCCACUCUUCAGAAAAACCUUUCAGCUGCUCUCAGUGCGGAAAGAGUUUCACGCGUAAAACAAACCUUAAGACUCACAUGUUAAUUCACGAUGGAAUAAAGCCUUUCAGCUGCUCUGAGUGUGGAAAGACUUUCACUCAGAAAGGACACCUUAAGGAUCAUCUGGUAACUCACUCUUCAGAAAAGCCUUUCAGCUGCUCUCAGUGCGGAAGCACCUUCACUCGUAAAGCGGACCUUAAGAAGCACAUGUUAAUUCAUAACGGAAUAAAGCCUUUUACCUGCUCUCAGUGUGGGAAGAGUUUCACACAGAAAGUAAGCCUGAUGAAACACAUGAGAAUUCACAGCAGGGGAAAGCGUUAUAGCUGCUCUCAGUGAAGAACGAACACCUUACGUAUCACGUUAAUUCAUGCUGGAAUAAAAUGUUCACGUGCUGUCCGUGUGUAUGGAGUUUACAUUCAUUCAUUUUGCAGAUGCUUUUAUCUAAGUGACUUACAAUUUACAAAGCUAUAAAACAAUGUAAUAUGUUCUGUUUACAUACAACACACUAAUAAAUAUACCAUGUACGUUAAAA